GUGGGAACUACAUGUCCCACGAUGCAGCGCGGUGACCGCGGGGGCCGGGGGUUUGAACGGAGGGUCUCCCGCCCGCGGUAGGGCUGCGUCGGCUGUGACGGGUGCGGGCGACGGCGACGACCGGGGCAGGGGUCCAGGCCCGGAGGCUGAGGCUGGCGCGGCGGGCGCUGGGGGCCCUGCCCCCGAGGCGAUGAUGGGCAAGGAAGAGGAGAUUGCGCGGAUCGCCCGGAGGCUGGACAAGAUGGUGACCAAGAAGAGUGCGGAGGGAGCCAUGGACCUGCUGCGGGAGCUGAAGGCCAUGCCUGUCACGCUGCACCUGCUGCAGUCUACGCGGGUCGGCAUGUCUGUCAACGCCCUGCGGAAGCAGAGCUCCGAUGAGGAGGUCAUCGCGCUGGCCAAGUCUCUCAUCAAGUCCUGGAAGAAGCUCCUGGAUGCUUCAGAUGCCAAAGCCAGGGAGCAGAGGAGGGGCGGGCCUCUGCCCACAUCGUCCUCGAAGGAGGCCCCCGAGGCCAAGGAUCCCAGGUGCCGCAAGAGGCCAGAGCUGCCCAGGAUGCCAUCGGCCCCAAGGAUCACCACGUUUCCCCCGGUGCCGGUCACCUGCGAUGCUGUGCGUAGCAAGUGCCGCGAGAUGCUGACCGCCGCCCUGCAGACAGACCAUGAUCACAUGGCCGUUGGUGCAGACUGCGAGGGCCUGUCGGCCCAGAUUGAGGAAUGCAUCUUCCGGGACGUGGGGAACACGGACAUGAAGUAUAAAAACCGUGUGAGGAGCCGCAUCUCCAACCUCAAGGACGCUAAGAACCCUGACCUGCGACGGAACGUACUGUGUGGCGCCAUAACACCCCAGCAGAUCGCUGUGAUGACAUCGGAGGAGAUGGCCAGUGAUGAGCUGAAGGAGAUCCGGAAGGCAAUGACCAAGGAGGCCAUCCGAGAGCACCAGAUGGCUCGCACGGGGGGCACACAGACGGACCUGUUCACCUGCGGGAAAUGCAGGAGGAAGAACUGCACCUACACGCAGGUGCAGACCCGCAGCUCUGAUGAGCCCAUGACCACCUUUGUCGUCUGCAAUGAGUGUGGAAAUCGCUGGAAGUUCUGCUGAGCCCUCCUUGAGAUGUGUGUGAAGCCUUGGGCUGUGGCCAGCACAUUGCCACAGCCUCCCUUGUGUCCUGUCGACAGACACCGCUUCUUGAGACCUACCCUGUGCCCACCUGAACUUCCCCAGAGGGCUGUGCACCCUGCUCUCCCAUCUUGCCUGCAGUACAUCUUUCUUCCUUUCCCCCCAAAUUAUUAAAUGUUUCUUUUUGCCA